AUGAACACUCCUGUAUUCGUCUUAAACACCAACGCAAAGCGCGAGGAUCAGAAGGAGGCCCAGCAGGGUAUCUUCAUGGCAGUCAAGGCUGUUGCAAGUAUUAUCAAGACAUGCCUUGGACCAAAGGCAAUGUUGAAGAUGAUCUUGGACCCAAUGGGAUCGACUGUGGUCACAAACGAUGGCAAUGCCAUUCUUAGAGAGAUCGAUGUAACUCAUCCAGCGGCAAAGUCAAUCAUCGAGCUGUCACGUGCUCAAGAUGAGAACGUCGGCGAUGGCACCACAUCGGUCGUCAUCCUCAGUGCCGAGAUGCUCACUGUCAGCGAGCCCCUGAUCGACAAGCGCAUCCAUCCCACACAGAUCAUCAAGGGCUACAGAAUCGCCCUCGACGACGCCCUGCGUCUCAUGGACCUGUACUCGCUCAAGAUCGACUUGAAGAACCGCAAUGAGAUCCUCAAGGUCAUUCAGUCAUCCAUUGGCACCAAGUUCAUCAACAAGUGGAGCAAUCUGAUGUGCAACCUCGCAUUGGAUGCCGUCAUGACCGUUCGCAUCCAAGAUGAGGAGCGUGAGGAGAUCGACAUCAAGAGAUACGCAAAGAUUGAGAAGAUUCCAGGUGGAGACAUCACAGAGUGCAAAGUAUUGAAGGGAGUGAUGUUGAACAAGGAUGUCACUCACGCCAAGAUGAAGAGAAUGAUCAAGAAUCCAAGAAUUGUACUGUUAGAUUGUGCGUUAGAGUAUAAGAAGGGCGAGUCUGAUACAAUGGUCGACAUCACCAACGAGGACGACUUCACCAAGCUGCUCAAGAUCGAGGAGGAGUACGUUCAGAAGAUAUGCAACGACAUCAUCCGCGUCAAGCCCGAUCUGGUGUUCACCGAGAAGGGUGUCUCUGACUUGGCCCAGCAUCACUUUGUCAAGAAGGGCAUCACCUGUCUGCGUCGUCUCAAGAAGACCGAGAACAACCGUAUUGCCAGGAUCUCUGGCGCCACCAUCGUCAGCAGAACCGACGAGCUGCAAGAGAGCGACGUCGGUACCGAGUGCGGUCUGUUUGAGAUCCGCAAGAUCGGUGACGAAUACUUCACAUUCUUGGAGGAGUGCAAGAACCCCAAGGCCUGCACCAUCGUCCUGCGUGGUGCCAGCAAGGACAUCCUCAACGAAGUCGAGAGGAACAUCCAGGACGCUAUGAGCGUCGCGCGCAACGUUGUCUUGGACCCACGUCUGGUGCCCGGUGGUGGUGCCAUCGAGAUGGCCAUCUCACAGGCACUCUCUGAGAAGUCCAAGUCCAUUGAAGACAUCUACCAAUUCCCAUACAAGGCUGUCGCUACAGCCCUCGAGUGUAUCCCAAGGAUUCUGGCUCAGAACUGUGGAUCAAACACAAUCAAGCUGCUAACUGAGUUGAGAGCCAAGCACGCUGUCAACCCAAUGGAGAACAAUACAUGGGGAGUCGAUGGAGAUAAAGGUAUUAUUGUCGAUAUGAAGGAGUUGGGCAUUUGGGACACUCACGCCGUCAAGGUGCAGACUUUGAAGACCGCCAUUGAAUCAGCCUGCACAAUGCUUAGAGUCGAUCACAUUGCCUCGGCUGUUUCCAAGAAGGGUGGUGACCAGCAUGGACACUAA